CUGAAUAUUCUACAAUAUUGUCUUUCCUCGUAAGAGCAUCGUCGUUCACACAAGGUCUACGUAUACCUGUUCUCUCCCACCACUCGCCUCUGCGUGUCACCAACGCGCCUCUUCCGUCCGCGCCCGGCGGUCUUACGAUCCCGAACGUCACCACCUCCCUCGACGGGCUACGAAGCGGCGGCGCGCAAAAGAGCAGACAUGGGAAUCAACGACAGUCGGAAGCGCUUGAUGAGGCAGUUGAACAGCAGAUACAUCUAUGGGCGAUAUCCUCUGCUCCACGCUAUUGUCGCGCUGAUUCAGAUCACCAUGGUCUCGAUUUUGGUGCGCAAGUUUAAUGCCUACUAUACGAAUCGACCUGUGCUCACGACGAUGAUCACGAACGCUGUCCUCGGUGGAAUCGCAGACACAGUCGCCCAAACCCUCACAGCGAUACGAGCACGACAACGGCAAAAGGCGCUCAACCCCGACAGCAGCUCAAAGGACGACUUCUUCUCAGUGGAGAUUCAAGAUUUGGAUAAGAAAGUACCGUGGCCGGAAGAUGACUACAUGCUACCCGCAUCGAAGCGAGGACCGCCGCCGUUCGACUUUGAAAGACUGACGAGGUUUAUGGCGUAUGGUUUCAUGAUGGCGCCGGUGCAGCAUAAGUGGUUUGGGUUCUUGUCGAGGAUAUUUCCGAUUGAGGCGGGCAAGGGUGGGACUGGGAAUGCGUUCAGAAGAGUUGCGUUCGAUCAGUUCCUGUUCGCGCCUGUUGGUCUCGCGGUGUUCUUUACCUUCAUGACUGUUGCUGAAGGCGGUGGAAAGAGAGCGGUCAUGAAGAAGUUCCAGGACGUGUACCUGCCUUCGCUGAAGGCCAACUUUAUCGUCUGGCCGCUGGUUCAAGUGCUCAACUUCCGAGUCAUUCCGAUUCAAUUCCAGAUUCCCUUUGUUUCCACGAUCGGUAUCUUUUGGACUGCGUACUUGAGCAUGUCCAACUCUUCAGACGAGCCUGUUGCUACACCGGGUGCGUCGCCGGCAUAG